GGUGACGCUCCGUCCCGCUGGGGCAAGAUGGCGGCGCCCGGAGACAGCGGCGGGAACGGCGGAGCCGCCGCCCGGUACUGCCUGGUGAGCGGCAUCCCGGCCGCGCUGCGCUCCGCCCAGCUCCGCGCCUACUUCAGCCAGUUCCUGGAGGCCGGCGGCUUCGUCUGCUUCCACUACCGGCACCGGCCCGAGCGCCCGCCCGGGGAGGCCGCGGCCCCGCGCACUUGCUGCUGCCCGGUGGCCGUUCGGCCCGGCCGCGCCCGCCGCCUCGUCCGCAUGUACUCGGGGAAGCGCUGGGUCGGGCCCGGCGGGGUCUCGCUGCCCGGCCGCUGCCUCAUCCGCAGGGUUCGCCUGGGCCCCGGGACAGGCACAGAGACAUUUCCCAACAGCGGGGACAAGACGGCCGCAGACGAAUCUAUGACAGAAGCGGACUUGAAGCGGCUGCCCGAGUUCAACCCCCCCUCCUUUAUGCCUUUUGGGAAUGUGGGCACCCCCCUGCGAGUUUUCCUGGAGCUGAUCCGGGCCUGCAGGCUGCCUCCCCACGUCAUCAAGAAACUGCAGCUGGAUUUUCCAAAGACAGGCUCGUCCCGCAGGUACGGGAAUGUGCCUUUUGAAUACCAGGACAGUGAGACAGUUAUAGAAGAAGAAAGAGUUUACACGGCCGCGGGGGAUGAGAUCACGGAGGGGCCUGAGGCGGGAUCUCAGGUGACUCACUCAGCCGGUGCUGAGGAAGAUGAGGAGGGGCAGGAGGAGGAGGAAGAGGAGUCACAGUCACCCUCAGAUGAUGACAAUGACACGUGUGAGGAGUGGGAGCGACACGAGGCUCUGCACGAGGACGUCACCAAGCAGGAGCGCGUGGAGGAGCGGCUCUUUGAGGAGGAGAUCGAGCUGAAGUGGGAGAAGGGCGGCUCCGGCCUCGUUUUCUACACGGAUGCUCAGUACUGGCAGGAGAAGAACGGAGACUUUGAUGAGCAGACGGCGGAUGACUGGGAUGUGGACAUGAGCAUCUACUACGACAAAGAUGGAGGUGAUAAGGACGCUCGGGACUCGGUCCGGAUGUGGCUGGAACAGCGACUGCGGGACGGUUUGGAGGACGGUUCUGUUUCAGGACAACAAAUCGGCACCUUUGAGAGAUACACCAAGGGCUUCGGCAGGAAGGUGCUGGAGCAGCAGGGCUGGACGGAGGGGCUGGGGCUGGGGAGCAGCAAUUCUGGAAUGGCUGAAGCUUUGGACAACGAGGGGCAGAACCCCAGAUGCAAGAGGGGGCUGGGGUACCACGGGGAGAAACUGCCAACUUUCAGCAAGGUGAAAAAGCCCCGGCGGGACGUUCCUGUCCUCAUCUCGACCAUCUAUGAUGACCCUGACCCGAAGGACAGCGGUGACCAGCUGCUCAGGCGCCAGCCGCCCACUGCCAUGAAGUACAGGCAGGACAUGGCGUUUGUCCGGGCGUCGCACGGGGCUCUGCAGAGCUCUGGUGCGCAGUCACGCUGAACAGAGACUGUCACUUUGUACUGGUUCUGCUCCAGUCGAGCCCAGGCUGGCUCCUGGGCUUGGAGCAGCGUGUUCCUAUAUUUAUUUUUGGAAAAAAUAGACUUGUAACAAAAAUUGCCUCAGUGUUUUGGCUUUUUAAAAUUAUUAUUAUUUUUAUUCUAAUUAAACCAUUCCACUGAGGGGA